AAACGUAACGGAUUUUAGUAAAGCAAAACAAUGCUACGCCUUACACUACUUUGUGCAUUCCUCGGCACUGGAUACGGUGCUUACAUGUCCAGCGAACUGGCUGGACGUAUUGUUGGUGGAGUCGCUACUACCAUUGAGGCGCAUCCUUAUCAAGUUUCGCUCUCCACGAAGUUGGGUGGACACUUUUGUGGCGGUAGCCUGAUAGCGGCCGAUAUUGUCGUUACUGCCGCUCACUGCUUGCAGAGUUUCAAAGCCUCAAGUAUACGUGUACGCGCAGGCGCCACCAAUAAUAAGAAAGAUGGUGUAAUUAUUAAAGUUGCGGCUGCUAAAUAUCAUCCGGGCUAUAAUCCCAGUACAAUUGAGAAUGAUGUGGGUAUACUGAAAUUAGCGACGCCAAUAGAGGAAUCGGAGAGUGUCGGUUACAUAGAAUUGGCUGAGACGACACCAUCUACCGGCACGCCAGCUGUAGUGACAGGUUGGGGUACCAAAUGUUUUAGCUACUGCUUGAUACCGCCCACCACUUUACAAGCGGUCGAGCUGGAGAUUGUGCAGCGUGCAGAUUGUGCGUCGAGUGCAUACAAGUAUGGUGACAAAAUCAAGGAGAGUAUGGUGUGUGCUUAUGCUUUGAAGAAGGACUCGUGUCAGGGUGAUUCGGGUGGCCCUUUGGUGGCAGAGGGUAAACUUGUCGGCAUCGUUUCCUGGGGUUAUGCGUGUGCUAAGAAAGGUUAUCCGGGUGUUUAUAGUGAUGUUGCUACGCUUCGUGGUUGGAUAUUGCAGGCAAUUACAGAAAUUUGAGAUUAACUUAAGCAAGCGUUAAACUCUUAAAUGGAAUAAAGUAUAUUUUAGCAACAACAAA